AUGAGGGGAAUCAUCAAGACCGCAGUCGCGGCAGCAGUUGUUGCCGGCGUUGCUGCUCAACCUCAUGCCCACGGCCAUGGCCACAGCCACCGCCAUCUCCACGCCAAGAAGCACGGCGACUCGCAGGUGGAGAGGCGUGGCGGCACCGUGGUCGUCACUGAAUAUGUGGAGGGUCCGACCGUCGUCGAGUAUGUGGACGCCAAGGGGAAGAAGAUCGAGGAUGCCAAGGCGAAGGAGGGCCUCGACAAGGGCCUCUACGUUGUCAUGGGCUCGACGAAGCCCAGCUUCAGCGCACCCCCCGUCUCCCUUUCCACUUCGCUGUCUGCCCCCGAGCACGGCGGCCAGUUCUUCGAGAAGACGACCUCGGCCCCGGCUCCGACUACCACGUCGACCCCUCCGCCGAAAUCCUCGGCUACGCCUCCGCCAAAGUCGAAGGGGCCGACUGGUCUCGAUGCCGACUUCCCGAGCGGCGAGGUCUCCUGCGACAAGGUGCCGACCGACUAUGGUGCCGUGGAGAUCCCGUGGUCAGGCACGAAGGGCUGGACCACGCUUGCCAAGUUCGGCGGGUGGGUGAAGGGCGUUGCGAUUGACAACAUCGACUCUCCUAUCUCGGGAGGGUGUGAGGCUGGAAUGAUGUGCUCCUACGCCUGCCCCCCGGGCUACCAGAAAACGCAGUGGCCCGCCGAGCAGGGCGCAACUGGCCAGUCUGUUGGCGGUCUCUGGUGCAACGAGGACAAUUUCUUGGAGCUCACACGGCCCAAUGCCACCAAGCUUUGCGAGCCGGGCGCGGGCGGUGUUUACGUCCGGAACGAGCUUUCGUCCAACGCCGCCGUCUGCCGUACCGACUAUCCCGGCAACGAGAAGAUGAUCAUUCCCCUCGACACCUACCCUGGCGAGACAUACCCCCUGACGAACCCCGACUCCAAGACGUACUACUGGUGGCAGGGCGCAGCCACGACCGCCCAGUACUACGUCAACGACGCUGGUGUUGAGGUUGAGGAGGCCUGCACGUGGAAGAGCGCCAAGUUCCCCUCGUCAGCCGGCAACUGGGCGCCGACCAACAUCGGUGUCGGUAAGAGCCUGCUGGGCGAGACAUUCAUCUCCAUCUUCCCCAACCUGCCGACCAGCCACGCCGUCCUUAACUUCAAUAUCGAGAUCACUGGCGACAUUUCCGGCACGUGCUGGCUGAAGAAGGGCGAAUACUACGGCAGCGACAAGGGCUGCACGGUCGGCAUGAAGGCGGGCGGCAAGGCUACCAUUGUGUUCAGGGAUUGA